AUGACGACCGCACCGCCGAAGCCAUCCGUGUUCCCCAAUCCUGCAAUGGUAUUGUCCAAGAUCCCAAUCCCGAACCAGAGCAUAGGAGGGCCACCGGUAAACGACGGGCAGUCAGGGAAUGCAGCAAUGAGCAAACCAGGUUUUGUGUCGAUAGUGCAACAACCCACUGACCUUUCAACGAAUCAGCCGAUUGCCGCCUCGGAUACGACCAGAGGCUUGUCAAACCCUAUGCCGCCGCAAGGGUCAAUAGGGGAAACCGUCAGUGAACCCGGGGCUUCUGAUUACGAUCCCAGCCUUCUUGGGGGUGCCUCCAUUCCUCCAGGCGCACCUCCUGCUGGAAAUCCCUAUCCCGCUCCUGCUGGAGGUGCUGGACCAGGCGGAAGUGCUGGCCCAGGUGCCGGAAGUCAAAACCCUCAGUCGCGAACUAAGAUAGGGGGGGCCGGUCUUAGUGAACCCGGGUCUUCUGAUUACGAUCCCACCCUUGUUGGGGAUGCCUCCAUUCCUCCAGGCGCCCCUCCCGUUGGAAAUUACCACCAUCCCGCUCCUGCUGGCAGUGCUGGCCCUCAUGGAAAUACUCCUGCUUAUGGAAGCGCAACCCUUGGUGCGACUCCCGCCCCUGGUGGAACUGAAGACCCUCGUGCAGAUCCCGCCAUUGGUGGAACUGGCGCUAUGGGUGGAGCUACUCCUCCCAAUAGCAAUGCACCCCCCGAUGGAUAUGUUACUCUACCUGACGGAACUACAGCACCUGGUGGCGCUCCCGCACCUGUGGGAACUAUCGCACCUGAUACGCAGGGACCGCAGCUUGGAACUCUUUCCUAG